GUCUGCUCCUCUGACUUCCUCCUGGUGGAAAACCAGGAUGUGACUGCUGCUGUUAGCUAGCCCACCAGGACACUGAUGCCUUCAUGUUGAAAAUCAGGAAAUAUAGGUACACAUCUCUGUGAAAAUUAUAAAGAACGUCUUUCUUCGCCUGAAAACUUUAGAGAGGUUACUGUGGGUCUGCAGAGAGGAACACAGCGGGAUGAGUGGGGCAGCACUAGGCAUUGAGAUAGUGGUAGUGUUUUUCCUGGCACUGUUCCUGCUGCACCGCUAUGGGGACUUCCGAAAGCAGCAGCGCAUGGUAUUAUUUGGCACACUGCUGGCUUGGUACCUGUGUUUCCUUAUCGUCUUCAUCUUGCCCCUGGAUGUCAGCACGACCAUCUACAAACAGUGCAUAAUAGAUCAUGAAGAGCAUGCAUCUGGUCCCACUGCCAACCCUUUACCAUUCAAUCACACACAAAAUGCUUCUGUCACACCCACUAAAAGUGUAUUAAAGCCAUGCUAUAAGCCAUGGAGCUACAUUCCUGAUGGGAUUAUGCCUGUGUUCUGGAGAGUGGUUUACUGGACAUCCCAGUGUCUGACAUGGCUGCUGCUGCCAUUUAUGCAGUCCUAUGCCCGCUCUGGAGGCUUUUCUAUCACUGGAAAAAUUAAAACAGCACUGAUAGAGAAUGCCAUUUAUUAUGGAACCUAUUUACUCAUCUUUGGCUCUUUGCUCAUAUAUGUGGCUGUUCACCCAGAGUGGCAUCUUUCCUGGUAUGAGCUUCAGACCAUUGGGAUUACAGCAGCCAACACUUGGGGCCUCUUCCUCCUGGUGCUGUUGCUCGGUUAUGGAUUGGUGGAAAUCCCUCGGUCAUACUGGAAUGCGUCACGCCAUGGACACUUGCUUAUAAAAACAUACUUCAAGGCUUCCAAACUGAUGACGGAAAAAGCUGAUGCAGAAGAGAACUUAGAGGAUGUCAUGGAGGAGGUGAGGAAGGUCAGUGAAUCCAUCAAGUAUAACCAUCCACUGAGGAAAUACAUUGAUACAAUUCUCAGAAAAUGCCCAGUAGACUACCAAGAGAAGAUGGGCAGGAACAUGGAUGACUAUGAGGACUUUGAUGACAAACAAAACACAUAUCCCAGUGAGAAGAGUCUGGUGAAACUCCAUAAACAGGUGAUCUAUGCAGUGCAGAGACAUAACAGGACACGGGUGCAGUGGCAGAUCCUGUUGCAGCAAGCCAUCCAUUUGGAGGAUGUUGCCAAGAAUGAGACCAGUUCGACCCACCAGUUUGUCCAUAGCUUCCCCUCCUCGGAGCCCGCUGGCUGGUUCAGUAGAUAUAUCUAUACACCAACUGUAGAGUGGUACUGGGAGUGUCUCCUGAAGCGCUGGUUUUAUCGGCUGCUGUCUGUGGUCCUUACUCUGUUCAGUGUGGCUGUGGUUUGGUCCGAGUGCACCUUCUUCAGCAUCCGACCUGUCCUCUCACUGUUUGCUGUUUUCAUCCAGCUUGCUGAAAGAGACUACAACUACUUGUACAUUGAGAUGGCGUGCUUCAUUACAAUCUUCUUCCUGUGCACCUGUGUUUACUCCACCGUGUUCCGCAUUCGGGUUUUUAAUUACUAUUACCUGGCCUCACAUCACCAGACUGAUGCUUACAGCCUCCAAUUUAGCGGCAUGUUGUUCUGUCGUUUAACGCCUCCUCUGUGUCUUAACUUCCUCGGUUUGAUCCACAUGGACUCUGCAAUUUCCCACCAGCAGAAGGAACAGACUGCAUACACCUCUAUCAUGGGAUCCAUGCGUGUUCUCUCUUUUAUUGCUAAUGGCUUCUAUAUCUACUACCCCAUGUUGAUAGUAAUCCUCUGUUUUGCUACCUACUUCAGUCUGGGGACCCGCUGUCUAAACCUUCUUGGCUUCCAGCAGUUCAUGGGCGACAAUGAAAUGACAUCAGACCUAAUUGACGAGGGCAAAGAGCUGAUUCGACGAGAGAAAAGAAAGAGACAAAGGAUUGAAGAUGGUGAGAACAGACGAAGAGAGUGGAAGGAACGCUAUGGAAACCCGAGGGAAGACUAUGCUGCGAGGAACAGAAGCAGCCAUGAAAUGAAGGAAACCAACUACUCAGACACCGUGAACCCCAGCACUAACAGGCAAGCUAAGUAUUCUCGGACUGGGAAUCGAGCAGAGAGAGACUGCAUUGAACUGCUUCAGGAUGCAGAGCCUUUAGACUUCAACGCUGAUUCUCUGACUGAUGAUCCUCUUGACACAGACUCUGGAAGGCAUUCAGGAGGAAGAUAUCUGUCCAUGUCUUCGUCUCGCAGCCGGAUAUUUGAUGACGUCUAAGAAGAAGAGAGCCAUAAACUGGAACGCACAUGUACAUAUGACUGUCCACACAUCCGCCUUGCUGGGAGUGACUGCUACAGAUGCUCAAAUAACCAGUGUGAAUGUACCAUGUGAUCUCAUCUCACAUUACAUAUGUUGUACGGCUGUUUUCUCUCAGGAUGUACGAUCAUUUAAAAGAAACAACAGCUCACAUCAUGAAGUUACAGGUAAAUGAAGGCACUUUGAAGUAAUAUUAAUGCUAGUAAUGUUACAGAAAUCUUAAUAUAUGAAUGCAGCACUGGCAUAUGUUGGUCAUGUAUAACAAUUCCAGAUCCUCCUCUUAAACUUAUUGCCCCUUGUGUUACAACUGCAUGAUCAAAAUUGGCAGAAUCUAUUUGUUAAGGCUUUGACUGAGCAUGAACAUGAAUGUCUGCUAAGUAUGAAAUCUGCAGCUGGUGCAUGUGUGAACACUGCAUCAGGUCUAAUGAAGGUCCUUGGAAGUAUGUUUUAUUUAUAUUUUUUAUUAUGUGUCAGUAAAUAUCAUGUUGUGGAUUUAUUUAACUGUACAUCAGAAACAGUGAAGAACAAGAAUGAACAUUGUUUCAGCCGCAGACCUGCUGAUCUUUUCCUUACCUAUUUUGAGAGUUUCAGUUAAGAGCAGACCUAUAUGUAUAAUGCAGACAGUGUGGGAAGACCCAUUUAUUCUGAAAAUGAUUGCUUUCUAUUUAUUUCAACAUCAUGGGGUAGGAAAGCAUAUGAGCAUUGGGGUUUUGCACUUUCUCAAGCUCAGUGCAUUUAUGUUUUUUGUUAACUGACCAAGUUAGUGUGUGGUGUUUAAAGGGUAAAUGUGCCAUUUUUCUAAAGAAAAACUGCCAUUUAUCUGUCACCUUGAAGUGAAAAUGACACGCAUGUCUUUUUCCAUCCAUGGUUUCAGUUGAAUCAUAAAUACACAGUUUACAAAGAUUAGAAAAAGUGACCUUUAAAGGACCAUACCAGUGUUUUGUGUGUUGUAGCCCAGUCAUUACUACCUUUUUAAUAAGCAUAGCCACUCAGUUGUUUUCUGAAACUGUUUGCAUUUAACUUUUUUUUCCUCCAUUUGUUCAAGUUAAAUGAUUGUCGAUCAGUUCUUGUGCUUGUGCUGUAACUGUAGGACUGAAACCAGGAAAGUUUUGGCAUAAAGACUAAAAGGGAGAACAAAGAUUGAACCAAAGUUUAGUCAAAGUUCAACAAUAAUCAAGUCUCUACAUCUGAUGAGACUGUAAAGGAGAAACACAAAACAUAUAAGGAGUUUAUAUUAUUGAGUUUUCUUUAUGUUGAUACAGGUUUUUCCACUUCUUUCCAGUCUUGAUUGAUGGUUUCUAAUAAUAUAAGUAAAGUAGAUGUCAUUUUCAGAUUGAUCACACGUACAAAGUAUGAAAGUAACGUAUGUCUACCUUUAUGACAGUGUCUAAAAUGUUAAAAGUAAAUGGUUUCAACAUGUUCUAACACAGGUACAGUCCUUUAAAUAAGUUAAGCAUUUAGCUGGCAGGUACAGCUGAGCGUCAGGUCAGUCUGGGAGCUUCUUGUAUACUUCUGUAGGUUGAAGGUGAGGUUUUACCGCUGUCAGAAACAAAAGCCUCAUAAUAGAAGUACAGUAAAUGUCAUGGAUACCUGCAGCAAGCCACACAUCCCCAUUGAACGCUACUAGUGAGUGACACUCCUGUGUAUAUAUGUAUGAUAUAUUUUUUUGUAUUUUAUGCGCGAAUUAAUAUAAAGAAAACGUCAUAUGUGACUUCCUAUUUAUGGUAUUUCACACAACUUGAAUUCUACUGUAUCUUUCCUUCUGUCUGAGAUAGUGACUUUUCCUCCAAAUACACACAUCUUUAAAUCAGCUCAAUAUACCUUUCACUAGUGACUGUAUGAGUGUGUGUGUGUGUGUGUGUGUGUGUGUGUGUGUGUGUGUUUGACUGAGACUGUCUGAUCAUACCGGUGAUUCUGGUGAUGUAUUUUAAUUCUGUUAAUAUGAAUAUAUGAAUAUUUAUUGUCUGUUUUGAUCUCAGCACAUUUUUCUGAUCCUGGAAAUGAAGAGUAACUCUAAUCUGUCACUUCCUCAGCUCUGUGAUUUAGCGUAUUAUUAAGUCAAAAGACUAUGUAUGGUUAACUCUGCUGACAGUGUUGUGUCAUUCAAUAAAAGGUAUUGAAAGUGUUAUGUA